ACAGAUGUGUAUGUGGACUUUAGUAUGAGAGGGCUUUACAUUCUGAGAGAUUUCAUACCAGUCAGAUAAUUACAUAACAAGCACACAUCCCCCCAGAUAUAGGGGUCUGCACGGAGUCUGUCCUGUUGACACUUUGAUGAAUGCGGGAAGUGCAGCACAUGAGAACUGAAGACUAAUCCCUAAAAAUGCAACUGCAAAGCCUUGUCUUGACCUCCGCCAUUCUCAGCAUGGCUAUCUGGUCUUGUCUAACUGAGGAGCCCACAAACGGAAACGUCUUUGUUGGGAUUCCAGGUUUACCAGGAAGAGACGGGAGAGAAGGAAGAGAUGGAAAAGAAGGGCGAGAAGGAAGAGACGGACCACCAGGCACCAAAGGAGGCAAGGGAGAGAAAGGUGAAAGAGUAGUAGGUCCACCUGGGAAAGCUGGCCCUGCAGGUCAAAAUGGGGUGAAAGGUGAACAAGGGCAUAAAGGCGAAAAGGGCCAAGUAGGACAAAAGGGUGACCCCGGAGUUGUUGGCAUCCCAGGACAGUCUGCUGACAUGCGCCGCAUUGCACAACUGGAAACAGAAAUUCAAGCUUUGAAGACCACGAUUUCCAAUCUUGAAAAACGUAUGCAGUUUAUCUACUGGAGCAAACACGGCCAAAAGAGAUUUGGCACCAAAAACGACCAGCUAACCUUUGAUGAUGGAGUGAAGCUCUGCAAGGAAGCCAGUGGAGAAAUUGCAAUGCCAGCAAAUGCAGGAGAGAAUGCGGCCUUAAUGAAGCUUGUGAAAUCUUCCGAGGCAUACCUUGGGCUGAACGACAGGGUGAAAGAAGGCAGGUUUGAAGACGUCAGUGGGAAUCCCGUGACAUUCACAAACUGGAAAUCAGGGGAGCCCAAUAAUUACAAUGGGAAUGAGGACUGCUCUAUAAUAACAUCUGAUGGGAUUUGGAAUGACGUUCCGUGUAGUCGGAGUUAUACCAUAAUUUGUCAGUUUCAGUAAAAUGGGAUGGAAGGAAGUCCGAUGUAGACGUAAGAUGUCUGCACGUUUGUUCAGAUAUUUGUUCAGCACACUCUCUGUACAGCUUGUCAUGAGUAUUCAAUGUCUUAUUUCACACAGAGCUAUGGUUGUUCUUGAUUGCGAUUACACCUGCAGCGUGUUGCACCCUCUUCUACAUUCUCGUACGUCACUGUGUCUGUGGGUACGCCUACUUCAUCUGGUUUUCCAUUCAUUCAUCAUUGACACUUUCAAGUCAACACUUGUGAUCCUUUUAAAUUUUUUUUCUAAUUUUUCAACAAAUUUUGUUUUUGCAAGACGGCCAUGAAAACAAAAUCAGCCGAUUCAAGGACAAAUCGAGAGAAUCGUUCAACAGCAGCUGAGGUCAAACACCAAAGCAGAGAACUUUAUCCUUGGGGUAAAAACAAGUUCAAAUUCGUUAAUAAAUUCUUGAUCAUAACCAGAAUAAAUCCUUACUUUUUUUUA